AUGAAGAAGUCUCGGAAGAAACGACGGAAGCAAGGAGAUGCGUCCGAAGAAAUCCGGGAAGCUCGGGCAGAGCAGAGACGAGAGCCGAAAGACAACUCGCCGCCUGCUAAUCAAAAGGUACCGGAUAAGCCGCAAGCCUGGCAGAAGGUGACGAAGGACAGAAAGCCGAAAAAAGCGUCUCGGCCUAAAACUCGUUCAGAUGCGUUGCUCUUCACAGCAAAGGAGGGGAAAAGCUACACUGCGAUCCUCCGCAAGGUGAAACAGGAGGUUGGCGACUCUGGAGACUGCUCGGACAAGAUACGCCGGACGAAAACUGGCGCACUCCUCAUUGUUCUGAACAAGAACAGCUCUGGAAGUGCAUUUUGUCUACAAGCGACCAUAGCGGACGUCAUCACGGAUGAUGCAGAGUUAGUAGUGAGCAACGUUCCAGAAGUGGAAAUGGAAAUAAAAGACUUGGACGAGAUCACCAUGAAAGAGGACAUCUGGGAAGCUAUCCAGAAGCAAGAUGAUGUAAAUUGCAACAUCUCCAUGAGCACCAUCAAGUCUCUCCGAAAGGCCUAUGUAGGAACGCAAAGAGCGAUCAUCAGAGUCACCACAGACGUGGCCUCGAAGUUGGAAAAGAAAGGCAAGAUACGGAUAGGUGUGGUCAACUGCCGCAUUAGCGCCACGAAGAGGCCGAUAAAGUGCUUCAAAUGCUGGCGCUACGGCCAUCUCGCCACUCAAUGCAAAAGCGAAGUUGAUAGAUCAAAUCUGUGUCAGAUGUGCUGA